UCAAACAAAACAAAAUCAUCCUAAAAACUUACCAAAAAUCCUCGGCGACGAAGAGGAAGAGGAGGAGAGAGAGAGAGGGCACAAAAUGGCUUCGAUCCUUCCGCCGGAGCUGGAUAACGACUCAUUGGCGUCAUCGCCGAGAUCGGAGUACGAUAAUCAGCCACGUGUACGGUUCAUGUGCACUUUUGGAGGAAGGAUCUUGCCUCGUCCGCCGGAUAAUCAGCUCUGUUACGUCGGCGGCGACAAUCGUAUGGUCGCCGUUCAUCGUCACACUACUUUUUCCUCUCUCCUCAGUAAACUCGCUAAACUCUCCGGUAAAAGCAACAUCAGCGUGAAGUACCAGCUACCAAACGAAGAUCUUGACGCGUUGAUCUCCGUAUCAACGGACGAAGAUGUAGAGAACAUGAUGGACGAAUACGACCGCAUCGCACAGAAUCAAAACCCACGUUCCUCUCGUCUCCGUCUCUUCCUCUUCACCAAAAGCAUCGCCGGAGAAGACGACAACGAUAGUAGAGCCAGUAGUAUCAGCUCUCUCCUCGAUAGCUCUGUUAAUCGAGAGCAAUGGUUCCUCGACGCUCUCAAUCUCGGCUCCUCCGCCUCCGCCGCCACCGCCGCGUCUAACGGUAGAGGAAUCGAGCGCGUUCGAUCUGAAGUCUCGUCGAUUGUCUCGGAAGUUCCUGAUUACCUCUUUGGACUGGAUAAUUUCGACGAAUCUGCUCCGCCGCAUGAGCUUCGUGAUCGUGAUCCGAGAGCUAAGAUCCGUCGAGAAGUCUCGACGCUUUCAGAUCCUGGUUCGCCUCGUCGCGAUGUUCCUUCGCCGUAUGGUUCGACCUCCUCUGCCCCGGUGAUGAGAUCUUCUACACCGGAACUUCUACCGGUUCAAACUAAACCGGAAAGCCCAGAACCGGUUUCGACUCCUAAAGCCGAUCCUCAACCGGAGCAAGUAAUUCAACAGAGUAAUCAUCAACCGGUUUACUCGCAAUGGCAAUUCCCCGCUGGUCCACCACAAGUUCAUCACCAAACACCGGUUUAUUACGUUCCUGGUUCAAUUCACCGAGGUAAUCCGAUGGUUCGACCGGCAAAUCACAUGCUUCAGCCUGGUGAUUAUAUGGUUCAAAUGCCGGGUCAAAUGCCGGGUCAGUAUAUUCAACAAUACAAUCAAGUACCAAUGGGAUACCAUCAACAACCUCAGCUACAUCAGAAUCCUGGUCCGGGUCAAGUAUAUGGUGGAACGGUUAGGCCGGUUAUGAUGCCAGUCGAUGGAGUUAACCGAAUGGCUUAUUACGGAAUGAAAACACCUGGGCCGGUCCAAAUGUAUCAGCAUCACCCUGGUAUGGUUGUUCCUGGUGUUGAUGAACAACAAUACAGAGCCGAACCGGAUUCGGAUCCGGGUCGGGCUUCUUAAGCUGGUUGAACACAGAUGGAAAUAUCACAUCCGGUUUUUCGUUUUCCGUUGGACUCGUGGCUCUUCGUCACUGUGUGAACUGUGUAAUAUUCUUUUUUUUUCUGUUUUUUUUUGUGCGUGUAAUAUUGUCAAUUUUGUAUUACAAACUUUGAUGAACAGCCCAAUAUUUAUAAUUUUCCAAUAAUGAAGUAUAUUUGCAACUCAA